AUGCCUCUCCACGAAUAUGACUACCUCUUUGCCGUUGGCACAAUCUUUGCAUUUCUCGAUGCCUGGAACAUCGGCGCCAAUGAUGUCGCCAAUUCCUGGGCUUCAUCGGUCGCUUCCCGCUCGGUAUCCUACCUCGGCGCCAUGUGUCUAGCCGCAGUCAUGGAGUUCAGCGGCGCCGUCGGUGCGGGUGCCCGAGUGACGGAUACCAUCCGCACUAGGAUUAUCACGAUUGACGAAUUCUCCGAUAAUGCUCCCCUUCUGAUGCUGGGCAUGGUCUGUGCCGUCAUUGCCUCGUCGCUGUGCCUCACGAUGGCUACUAAGCUCGGUAUGCCGGUCUCCACGACACAUUCUCUGAUGGGCGGCAUCAUUGGUUUUGGCAUUGCUACGCACGGGACGGGUGGGGUUCGCUGGGUCGAGAAGGGCACUGGGCUUGCGGUUCUCAAUAGCGGCGUGGUGCAGGUUUUUAUGUCCUGGAUUCUUGCGCCAUUCCUGGCUGGCUUCUUCUCCGCUAUCAUCUUCACCAUCACGAAGUACCUCGUGCUACUCCGAGAGAACCCUGCGCUCAAGGGCCUAAUAUUCUUCCCGGCCUAUUUUGCCAUCACCGGGUCGUUGAUUGUUAUGCUUCUCGUUGCAAAAGGUGGGUCUCUCGAGAUACCAGAAAAACAAAUGCCCGGAAUUAUCGUUGGCGUGGGUCUCUCUCUAGGCGCGCUCGUGGCUAUUUUUCUUGUUCCUUGGCUCUACCAAACCGUCGUCAGGGAUGACCGGGAGCUCAAAUGGUACGACAUCCCCAGGGGCCCGUUCUUGCUCUGCCGCGGCGAAGUUCCUCCCCGUCCCGAAGGUUCCGCCGCCUUGCUCGACAGCGAAGAAGACCCUCGUACGAGUCUCACCCUCGGUCGGGAGAAGGCAUCGACCGAUACCGAAGCGGCACCACAAGAAGAAGAAGAAGAAGAAGAAGAAGAAGAAGAAGAAGACGAAGAAGACGAAGAAGACCACAAGCCGCCGCCCCGGAAGUCCCUAGUGGGACCGCGUCCUAGUGGACCGUGGCAUAGCAAGAAAGUGCUUUUCUGGGCGCUGAAGUGGGCAUUCCUACACGGUGUCGAUCAGGAUGUGGUCAACAUGCAGAACGAGAAGGAUGCCCUAAGUGGAAAUAUCGAGGAUAUGCACGCCCGCGCCGUCCAGUACGACGGCAAAGCGGAGCACCUUUUCAAAUAUCUGCAGAUCCUCACCGCGUCGACUGCUUCUUUUGCUCAUGGAGCCAAUGAUGUCUCCAAUGCCAUCGGACCAUACGCUACCAUUUUCCAAAUCUGGAACGAUGGCUUCCUUCAAAAUCACGUCCGUGUUCCGCUCUGGAUUCUCGUCUUUGGCGCCUUUGGAAUUGUUCUGGGCUUGUGGAAUUACGGCUUUAACCUAAUGAAGAACUUGGGCAACAAAAUAACUCUGCAAACCCCGUCGCGCGGCUUCUCGAUCGAAAUGGGGAGCGCCAUUACUGUCAUCGUGGCCACGCGAUUCGUCUGGGAAGCGCUUCCGGUCUCUACAACGCAAUGUAUAACUGGUGCGACCGUUGGCGUUGGCCUUUGCAACGGCGACUGGAGGGCGAUCAACUGGCGCAUGGUGGCCUGGAUCUACCUGGGCUGGUUCAUCACUCUCCCCACCGCUGCAACGAUAUCGGGCGGUCUCAUGGCAUUCAUAAUUAAUGCCCCUCCGAGGAAUUAG